AUGUCUGCGGCGCUCUACACCUACACGGGAGUCUGGAUCAACUGGUCCGAGGGAGCGAUCCGGGGAGCCACCUUGACUUUGUCGCAGACCAACUCCGGCAUUUUGAGCGCCUUUCUGGCUAUACUUGUUUCCCUCGCAGGCAGUCUGUUCUGGAGUAUUCUGAGCUUUACACUCCAUCAAACUGGGACUACAGCCCCUGAUCGGCGGCGGGAUGCUCUCCACUACCAGCGACAGGUCAUCCUGCGCAACAAAGGGGCAGCUGCCGCGGCCUGGGCUCUGCUAACUCUUCCCUUUGAGACAGGGCGAACAGCGUCAAAGUUCAGGGCUGUCGGCCGAUCGCUACCAUUGGCACUCCUGCCCAUCCUCGUUCUUAUCCUGUUCGGUGUAUCUGGUCUGUUCACAAGUUACAUCACCAAGGCGGCCGGCAAGUCGACGCUCAUCAUCGGUCCAGGCUGUGGGGGCUACUCGUUCAACGCCACGGACGUGACCGUCAGCAACACCAAGGGUCUGCAAGAUACCUACGACGCUGCCACAUACGUCCGCCGCUGCUACCAAGAGGACGCGAAUGAGCUCGAUUGCAGCACCUACAUCCGACCCAGCCUGCCGUUUACCACCAACCCGAAUGCUUCCUGCCCGUACGAACCCGAUCUCUGCGCGGACGGUGGCAACGCGGCCCUCCAGAUGGACACAGGCUUACUCGAUUCGCAUGAGGACUUUGGGAUCAACGCACCCCCGCACAACCGAAUCAAAUACCGACGGGUCACCACCUGUGCCCCGGUCAAGCACGGGUCCGGGCUCGGCAGCGUGCAGAACGACUCAACAUGGGGCCAGAUUGUCUACAUCAAUGCCGGAUAUCAGUAUUAUAUGGGUGAACCGUACCUGAACUACACAUUCUCGUACACCCCGAUCCCAAGCGUGGAUGGCGUUGGCUACACACUGAGCGCUGUCUUCGCCAAAUCCGACCCCAGCGGACUCCUGAACGGCCUCGAGUCAUGGAAGCCGACCGCAGCGAUCAACCAAACCGACGCGGACAUCACCAUGAUGAUGCUGAACCAAAACAACAUCAACUACCUCCAACCCAGCUACGACCCGUGGAUGACCGCGCUCGAACAGCAAAACUACAGCAUCGAGGGGACAAACGUCACCUCGUCGAUGUGGACCAAGAGCUACGAGGUGAAUUUGUUGGUAUGCACCGACCAGUACCAGAUCUGCAACCCCAACCGCCCCGGGCCGGACGGGUGCACCAAGCUCGGCGGGAUUCUGAGCACCUCGCUGUCCACCUUCACCAUCGACCCGACCAAAUUCCUCGGAUUCAACGUGUACCAGAUCGCGACGAUCGGCCGGUUUGUGUCGGGCAACAACGACCGGAGCAUGUACUCCAACGUGAACGGCCGCGGCGGCGCAGCGUUAAAUGCCUCCUCAAUCGCCUACAGCAACAUCCAAUUCUACAUCCCGCCCACCCAAUGGCAAACCGAAGUAACAACCUGGUUCGCUACCUCGCUGGCCAAGGAACAAGCCUGGGCGGUGGAGUGGGCCACCGCGCCGAAGAACUUCCCGGCGACCUCGCUGCUCGACCAGUCAUCGGUGGGGUGGAACGUGACGGCGCCGCUGAGCAGCUACGCGCGCGUGCAGUGCACCAACCAGCUCGUGCACAACGCCGCGGGGUACGCCAACUUCUCUGUGCUGGGGCUCGCGUUGACAGUGGGCGUGUGCGGGCUGAUUAUCAUCGUUGGGCUGAGUGUGGAUUCUGUGGUGGGCUGGCUGCGCGGGAACGGACGGUGGAGGUAUAUGCGGGAGCAGUGGGCGGUGGAGGAGACGUUGAGUCUGCAUCGCGCGGCGUAUAUGGGGCUGGGGAUGUGGAGGGGCGAUGAUCCCGAGGGGAUGGUGCCGAGUUCGGUGGGGUUGGAGUUGGGGAAGGGGGUGCCGGGGCACAUGGCCGGGGGAAAUGAGGGUGAGGAUGUGGGGAUGAGGAUGAAGGAUGGGUAUGCGGUUGUUGGGCAUGAGGUGAGUUAG